GAAAAAAAAAAAAAGAGGUCUGCGCCCGCCUAUCUCUGGCUAUAUAUUUUUUCGCCGAUGAGGCUUCGCUUCUGCCUGGACAUUGCGCGCCGCGUGCAGGCCUGCCCAUGGAACGAGUCACCGGUCCUUUGGCCGGGCUCCUUUUUUUCUUUAGGCCGGGCGGGCAGCUGCGGCCAAGACCGCCUGUUUUCAGGGCAAAUGCCGCCUGCCUUCGCCUGGCCGUGUUCCCGUGGGCCGGGCCGCCGGCCGCCCAGCCCGGGCCGCUGGCCCCGCCCCCGCCGCGGCUUCUCCGCGGCAGCCCGCGCGCUAAUUUGCACCCAAAAUUGGCCCCGCUAAUCUUCGCCUAGGCCAGCCGGGCGUCGUCCACGGGGUGUUUUUUUUGUUGUUUUUUUCGUGGCAGGUGGG